GGACCGGAGCGGACCGAACCGAGCCGAACCGGGACAGACCCGGAUCGCGGACAACCGACCCGACCCGACCCGACCCGACCCACCGGGACCCUCCCGCACCGAGCCCAUGUCCAACGCGCACUUCAACCGCGGGCCGGCCUACGGGCUGUCGGCCGAGGUGAAGAAUAAGCUGGCGCAGAAGUACGACCCACAGCGGGAGCUGGAGUUGCGUGCCUGGAUCGAGGCGACCACCGGCCGCCGCAUCGGGGACAGCUUCAUGGACGGCCUCAAGGAUGGUGUCAUCCUCUGCGAGCUCAUCAACAAACUGCAGCCCGGCUCCGUGCAGAAGGUGAACGAACCCAUCCAGAACUGGCACAAGCUGGAGAACAUCGGGAACUUCCUGCGGGCCAUCACGCGCUACGGAGUGAAGCCCCACGACAUCUUCGAGGCCAAUGACCUCUUCGAGAACACCAACCACACGCAGGUCCAGUCCACCCUCAUCGCUCUCGCCAGCCAGGCCAAGACGAAGGGGAACAACGUGGGUUUGGGGGUGAAGUACGCGGAGAAGCAGCAGCGGCGCUUCCACCCUGAGAAGCUGCGCGAGGGCAGGAACAUCAUCGGCCUCCAGAUGGGCACCAACAAGUUCGCCAGCCAGCAGGGCAUGACAGCGUACGGGACACGGCGGCACCUCUAUGACCCCAAGCUGGGGACGGACCAGCCCCUGGACCAGGCCACCAUCAGCCUCCAGAUGGGCACCAACAAGGGUGCCAGCCAGGCGGGGAUGACGGCACCAGGGACGAAGCGGCAGAUCUUUGAGCCGGCACUGGGCAUGGAGCACUGCGACACGCUGACCAUCGGGCUGCAGAUGGGCAGCAACAAGGGCGCCUCGCAGCAGGGCAUGACAGUGUAUGGGCUGCCGCGGCAGGUCUAUGACCCCAAGUACUGCGGCGGCCCCGAGCUGCUGGGCGAGGAUGGCUUCGACGGCCUCUACAACUCCCAGUAGCCGCUGGCCCGCGGCUGCUUGCACCGCACUGCCCUGCUCUGUGCAGGGCUGCACCGCACCGGCCUCACCGCGCCCCCGGCCCUGCGGGGCCGGCUUGGCCACGGGGCUCGGCCCGGGGGGGCUCGGCCAGGGGGCCCGGCCCCGCCGUCACCUCCCCCCGCCACUGAGGCACAAUAAAACCCACAUGCAAA